AUGUCUGCUCAUGACAGUGACGAUGGCCCGUUACGACCUGUUUAUAAUCCGUGUCGACCACCCUGGAUUGGUUAUUGGAAUAAACGCUGGGAAAAUCGUGAUAAGUAUGUUUUUAUUUAA